GCCGCCUCAGCACAGCGCGGGCUCAGCCGGCUCAGCCCCCCGAACAGGCCAUGAAGCCUCAGCCGCUCCAGGCAGCGGCGGCAGGUUAGGCUCCGGCCCCGCGACUCAGCAGCAGCGAGCAAGUCCAUUGAGCCGCAGCGUAUGCGCUGAUAGUGCAGUGCGAGUGAUUGUGUGCGAGCGAGUGAGAGCGAGAGUGAGUGCCCGUCGGCCCAGCGGAAAGAGAGAGAGAGGGAGAGAGAAGACGGCUGAGAUGGACGAGGAUGACAGCGGCCCAAUGGGCACCAAGUCGCCCAUCAAGCGUCUCGGCUCGACCCGCAAGCAGAUGUUCUUCAACAACGUUCGCGUCCAGCUGGGCGAGCAGCUGCGCUGCCUGGACGGGCGCCUGGAGACGCAGGUGGCGCUGGUGCAGGAGCUGCAGGACUACUUCCGGCGGCGCGCCGAGGUGGAGCUCGAGUACUCGCGCGGCCUGGACAAGCUGGCGCGCUCGCUGACGGCGCGCCACAAGGAGCAGAAGCUCAAGCGCGAGCAGUGGCCGCUCUUCUCGUCGUACGCGUGCUGGCAGCAGCUCGUGACGAGCACGCGCACGCUGAGCCGCGACCACGCCAGCCUGGCGGACGUGUACACGACGCAGCUGGUGCCGCGGCUGGGGCGCGUCGCCGAGGACGUGCAGCGCAUCUACCGGCGCUGCCGCGACGUGGGCCAGGAGCUGCACGAGGAGAUCCUGCGGGUGCUGCACGAGCUGCACACCACCAUGAAGACGUACCACGGCUACCAAGGGGAGAUGCGGGCCGCCGAGGGCAAGCUGCGCCUGGCCGAGGCUCAGCGCCUCAAGCUGGAGCAGAGCACGCCGCCGGAGAAGCUGCCCCGCUCCAAGAAGUAUCGUCUCAUCGAGAAGGAGGUGCAGAAGCGGAAAAAUAAAUUUAAUGAUGCCAGUCUGAAAGCCUUGAAGGCAAGAAAUGAAUAUGUGUUGUGCCUAGAAGCAGCAAACACAACGAUUCACAAGUAUUUUGUAGAUGACCUUUCUGACUUAAUAGAUUGUAUGGACUUUGGAUUUCAUCAGUGUGUAACAAGAGCACUCCUCCUCCAUGUGUCCCUAGAGGAGGGACGAAUCAGAUCAUCACAAUUACAAUCUGAUCAACUUAACUCUUGUAUUAAUUCUCUAGACUCACGGCUUGACAAGCAAAGAUUUCUUGAAAGCAAUCACACAGCUUUUGUCAUACCCAAAAAGUUUGAGUUUCAAGGACUGCGUAGUGAUGAGGUGGUUACCGUAGACAACGAACUCCUUCCAGCACUGAAGGAUGAGUUGAAAGCAAGACUGUAUCAACUUACAAACCGUAUAUUGAGCCUUCGGGCAGAGUCAGAAGAAGUGUGGAAAACUCUAGAAACAGCUGAAACUACCCUCUUAGAAAUGAUCACAGCCAAAGAUUAUGAUUGUUCAGCUCUGUUUACUGGCAGUGCUGACAUCACCCCAACCCCUCCAACCCGGCCUCCUGAAACAGUCACAUUAAAGCUUCGCGCUGAUCGCCAUGAAACUGAGGAAUUUUACUUAUCUAAAUUUAGAGAGUACCUCUUAGGUACAAGUCGUAUUGCAAGAUUAGAUUCUAAACAUGAACAUAUUCGUCAAACCUUGAUUAGUAGCGGAGAAACUAAUGAAAACAUGCCAUCAUCUCUCAAUCUCAACAUGAGCCUGACUACAAACCACUGUAAUGGUCAGCCCACCAGUACCAAGCCUAUUCGAAGGAAACGAAUAGGGCGACUGCAAAUGAAUGGGCAACCUAAAUUAUUUGGAGGUUCCCUUGAAGAGUAUUUAGAAAUGUCCAAUCAGGAUAUACCCCUUAUUGUCAAAAGCUGCAUUAGAGUCAUUAACUUAUAUGGUCUGCAUCACCAAGGUAUCUUUAGAGUAUCAGGAUCUCAAGUUGAAAUUAAUAAUUUCCGUGAAGCCUUUGAGAGAGGUGAAGAUCCAUUAGCUGAUACAACUGAUGCCAGUGACAUAAAUUCAGUUGCCGGUGUUCUGAAGUUGUAUCUCCGGGAAUUGAGAGAACCACUCUUCCCCAUUGUGUAUUUUGAGCUGUUUAUGGAACUAGCUCAACUAGAUUCAAAAGAAUUCAUUAUUAAGAUGAAAGAUUUGGUAGCAAGCCUCCCAAGACCAUUUGUAAUUAUUCUUAGAUAUCUUUUCUCCUUUUUGAAUCAUCUGUCAGAAUUUUCUGAUGAGAAUAUGAUGGAUCCUUACAAUUUGGCCAUAUGUUUUGGUCCAACACUAGUUCCUGUGCCAGAAGACAAAGACCAAGUGCAGUAUCAGAACCAAGUUAAUGAGCUUAUCAAAAAUAUAAUUCUAUAUUAUGAAGAUAUCUUUCCUCCAACUGGAAUAUUGCCUGGUCCCAUGUAUGAAAAGUUUAUAACAAGAGAACCAGAUGACAAUGAUGUUGGUGAUUCUCCCUCGGAUCAUGCCCAGGAGGAUGUUGAUUCUGAAGUAUAUCCAUCAGAGGAUGAAUGUGAAUCACUUGAAGCUACAGCCCAAUUUGACUUCUUAGCAAGGUCAGAAAGAGAGCUGAGCUUCAAGAAAGGGGACCAUUUACAGCUCUUUACCCAAGUUUCAAAUGACUGGUGGCGUGGUAGAGGAGCUCGUGGAGUGGAAGGCCUUAUUCCAGACAAAUAUAUCUUGUUAAAGAUUAAGGAUGAAGAACGUGAUAAAUUAGAAUUAUUGAAGUCUAGUUCAUCUGAUGAAUCCAUGAGAAGAAGAGCAUCAAGUUCAAAUGAUUCUGUUCUAUCUGGGGCAUCAGGAUCUACUCAGAAUGACUCCCCCCUGCUUGGGUCAGGUAGCAGUGCAACAUGGCCAGCUGUAGGUGGACUAGGUGGCUUAGGGGGCCGUUCUCCAACCUCUCUAGUCGUCUGUGACCCACCUCCCCCACCCUUGCUAUCUCCAACAGCUGAGCCUGAUUCUUCCAUUCACAAAUCUGCCAGUUGCACAAGCUUAGAUUCAGGAAAGGAAUCUGCAUGUGAUGACCAACUUCUUCGCCCUGAUCAUCUUACUGAUCAAGUGUCAGAGAAGCUGACUCUGUGCCUGAAAGAGAACUCUCCCCACUCACCCGACAGCGGUGCCAGCGGUUCAAGCGAGUCACCCCCUACUGAAGCUGCUGCUGUAUCUGUGGCCUCGGUCUUGUCUCAGUCAGAACUUCAGCCUCAACCCCAACCUCCGCAUGCUGUCCAGCCGCAACCCCAACCCCAGUCUCUUCCCCUACCCCAGCCUCAGCCCCAGCUUCAACCUCUUCCAGUUAGGCAGCACUCAGAGCCUGCCGCCCCUUCAGCACUCAUCGGCGCACUGAGGCGCUCGCACCAUUCCAUCGACGAGGCUCUGUCCUCUGCCCAAUGUGUCGCUACUGCUGUGUUGUCUGCCAAGGAAACUGAAAAUGAGAGAGAAAUGAGGGAGAAAUCUCCUAGCAUUGAAGGCAAUUAUGUCGUAUCCAGUUCACUGGAAGGGGUAUGUGACAUGCGCCAAAAGCAAACCCCUGAUUUGGUACUUGAUCUUCCACUUCGAUUAAAUUCUGAAUCAAACUCUACCAAAGAUAGUGAGACUCGUUCAUUUUCUGACGAUAAGGACGAUGACUCACAUUUAUCAUUGAGCCCAACUGGACCUGAAAGUCCAGACAUGACAACAGCUGCUGAAAGGUUUGCAAAGCAAAACCAAUGCACUUUAAAGAAAAAUACUAAAGCGUCUCACAGUUUAGGUUCUCCAUUAGACUGUAAACCAAGUUCUACUUCUCAUAGUUCACCUAGACAUUCAAAGUCUAUGGAUUGUCAAACUGAGAAGGACUCUGUAAAAGAAAGUGUAUCAUAUGUGUCUCAUUGCCUUACAAAACAGGCCUCAGCAUCAUCUGCUCAAUCCAGCACAGCUUUUGACAAGAAACCUGUUGUGGCACCAUUUAAACCUCCACUGAAGGCUAAGCCACAAAUUAUGAAGAAGCCCCCGGUUUCUGUGUCAUCAGUGUCACAACCCAUUAUGCCUGUCCCACCCAUCCAAAAGGAUAGUAGCAGUGAUCUCACUUCAUCUGGUUGUAGCAGUGACAGUUCUUCUGAAGUGUAGUGUGUUAGUUUUAUAUCUUUCAGUAAUCUUGUUGUGUUAAAGCAGUAUAAGCCGCUUGUCUAAACAACUUGCUGCUUGACAUCAAACUUUAUGUCAAGUUGUCAAGAAAUUGACUAUGUUGUUCUUAACUACUUUGAGAUACAGUUUUCUUUAUUUUUUCAUAUAAUUGUUAUAAAUAAAGUAAACUAUGGUCUAACUUUGGUUAGUGUGAAAGACUGAUAUUUUGAAUGGGAUUUGAGUAACCUUAUAAAGUAAUCCAAUAAACUUAUGACUCAGAAUUUUAAUUACUUUUUCUGUUAUAGAAUUUCAGGUUUGCAGAAGCCCUUAUUGUUGGGCUGUCUCUUGUGAGAUUUUUCAUUUCAAUUGUAUACUUUUAAUCAGAAAUAAGCUGCAGUAUGUAUGGUGGAGUUCUAUUAUAUAGUGCAUUUUUAUUAUACUUCCAGUUUUAGAAAAGGUUUUGGAAGCAAUAGAUACUAUAUAUUGAAUCAUUGUAAGAGGCUCAAAUAGUCUCAAGUUCAACUUCCCUAGUCAAUGUACUAUGAUUAAAGCUGAAACCAAUGUCUGGAAUGACGGUGAGAGCUCAUAGAAUUUUAAUUUCAUGUAGAGGAUCUCCUUAUGCAAUACAGUAUUCAAGUUAUAAUGUAUGAAAAGUACCCUUUAGAAAAGAGAAGUGUGUAUUAGGACUGAUCAUUGUGUGACCUAAUGGAAUGUGUAGGUAGUUUGUGACUUUGUCCAGUGUAACCAUAAUUUGAAACAGUAAUUUUGUGUGUAUACAUUGUCAAGAUAUGAGUGAUUUCAUUGGACGGUUGAAUUUUUGUGGUUUUGCUACAUAUUUUACCUAGUUAAUGUUAUAUUGAUGUAGAUUUUGAUGCAAAUUGAUACACAGAUCAUUUAUUUCUGGAAAGACUGACAUUGUACUGUAAGUUUUAAUAAUUUAAGUAGCCUUUAACUUCCAGCAUCAAAAGAUAACUUCGUAAGUAAUGGUUCUGAGUCCAAUUCUUCCCAUAUAAAGGAUUUUAACCAGAUUUUAUUUGUUUUUACCUAGGGACUUAGAGUUAAGAUAACAGGAUGUGAUUAAAAAUAUGUAUACUGUUCAACAGGUUGAAUGACUUUUUAAGAUUUCUGUCAAGACAGCAAUUUUUCACUUUCAACCCUUUUUUCAUUACUUUAAUCUUUGAGCAAGUUAGUGUGGUUGAUAACAUUUCACUAUUGUAUGGAAGUUGUGGACGGAUUUGGACCCGCAAAACUUCUUUGCAAACAGCUUAGCUUAAAGGCCUAGUUUACAUCUUAAACUUUGACUUACUUGAACUUUUGCUAUUUUGACAUUUUUUGCUCAUACACCAAAGGAAUGUGAAGACAUUGUGAUAUUCUUCCAAUUUUUAAAAGGAACUUCAAAUUGAUUGUGAAAGGUAGAAUUAAUUACAUACGGUUCUUAUGACUAAGUGUAAGAAAUUACUUAAAUAAUUUAAUCCAGAACCUUUCAUAGUGUUUUUUUCUGUGCCUAUGUACCAUUGUAUUGUGAUACGAAAUUGAAUUGAUUCUAUUGCAUUUUAAGUUGCAUUUGUAAAACAAAAUGUUUUCCUGUAUACAUUCUUGCGAAUUCUUUAAUAUAUAUUCACCAAAAGGUUUGGAAAAAUAAGUACUACUGAAUUAAGAGAUAUUUGUUGCAGGGACCAUGAGGAUGUGUAUUCAAGAUGGCAUUACCCUCUUUAUAUUUUGGCAAAAUCUGUCAUGUUUCCAAAAAUUUGCUGUGUGUAGUAACCAUGGUGUUUGGCAUUAAAAAAAGAACUUUUUAAA